AUGGCAGACGAUACAGAUGCGAUGUCAAAGCUCAUGGAUUUCAGCGAAGAGCGUGUACUACUGAGUAUCGGGCCAGCUAUGCUCCAGUGGUCGAUUCCACGCGCUCACCUCGAGCGAUCUCGUCUCUUCCGUGACAUGCUCCAGAAGCAGUGGUUGAAGACUAGGCCGCGUAAGCUCGACCUACCGGACGUCGACCCAGUGAUCUUGAGGGCAUAUCUCCACUUCCUGAGUGAAGAGGAGGUCCCCGACCUGGGCUCUUGGGACCUCAUUGAUCUCUACGUAUAUGGCGAGCAAAUUUCGGACGAACGUCUCAAGAACUCAGUACUGGACACGAUCCUUGAGCACGUUGAGACUACUCAUACAGCUGGUCGCGCGGAGAUGCCGUGUCCAGACGAGAUCGAAUACGUGUACGAGAAUACAUCGGUGGGCUCGGCCGGGAGGAAACUUAUGGUGGACAUCUAUCAUCGCUUCGGCGAGCCUAUGCAUCUCGAGGAUGGGUAUCACAGGGACUUCAUCUAUGACCUUGCGCUUAAGCGUUUGGAAAGGCUCAGGGAUGACCCAGCUUCGAUACAGCAUUUCGUUGCCGCUGGCUUCGAGGAGAACAGAAGAGGUCGCCACAUUGGCCAGCGCGAAACCUGGCACGUCUCUCGAUGA